UGAUGCGAGCCCUUCCCAUUCACGACCAGCGUGCUGGCGGUGGAAUGGUCAAGUGGAACAGUGACUCUGGUGUGUUAAGUCAGGUUGUUUUGUGCAUGGUUGUGAUGAUUCCUACAGUUCCAUAGUUAAUAAUGUGAUCAAUUGCUCGGUUGUUAUGUUCAAGAUGGCCAUCCCUUAUUCUGUCCUUAAGCAGUGCGGUGGUUAUUCGGUGGCUUGUCGUCUUUUCUUGUCUGUCGUCCGCUAAUGACCGGCAGCGAUUACAUCCGAUAGGCUACAGCUCACGGGAGUUGUCUAGACCAGCUGUGAUGGCGUCGAUGGUAGACAGCAGGAAUCCUUUCGAAAGCUGGUGGUUUUUAGGUAUUGGCCCGAGGUAAACCAGCCAUGGAUUCCGCGACGCGGCCAUCGGCGGCCGCGAACGAGUCCGAAACCACUGCGGAACGGAUAACAUCAUCAUCCGCCACCGUCCCACGGUCAUCCUCAUCGCCAGCGGAUGGAGUUUAUCGGUUCAACUGGUUCCUGUCCCUGCGCCGCAAACGUUCCUCACCGGCACCGACGAGCAGCAUCAAAAAGAAUGACGGAGGUGGCGGAACCGGGACCGGGGCGAGACGGAAGGACGAUCUGUUCUCCGCCGAGGGUGGCGUGCACCAUCAAAACCACGGAAGUGUGUUCUACACGCUGCGCAAGCGAUUCCAGAAAAAGUUUACCUCCGUCAAGGUAAAGGCGUAUGAGCCAGAUGUUUCCUCCGGCGAGAGCUCCACGAACGCACACAGCAGCAGCAACAGCAACGGCAACAACUCGAACCCGCCGCUCCGCGAUUCGGACGCGGAAUUCGCCCGGAUUGUUAUCGAACGGCACACGCAGAACCCGAUCCGCUUCUCGUCACCUAACGCAAACCUACCUGUGAUAAUGAAUAGAGAUACUGUACCAAAUACGGGCACCGUAGAGGGCACCGCCAGCACCGGCGAUCCGUCGGCUCGUUUAGACACCCAGCACGGGGUGGCGGCGGAGGAGGAGGAGGAGGGAGACUGUCGGCCGUCGCUGGAUGAAACGAUGGAACGGAUGCGCAUCGAUCUGCUCCAGUACGGGUGGUACUGGGGUAAGCUAACCCGAUCUGCUGCCCAGAAACGACUGGCACGCCAGGUGAACGGUACGUUCCUGGUGCGCGAUUCACAGACGGAGAAAUAUCAAUUCACCGUUAGCUUCCGUAGUUCCGGCAUUACGCUACACUGUCGUAUCGACUUUAAAAACAAUUACUGGUCAUUUUCGGGCUUGACCACUCCGAGCACCUACGCCACCAUGAUCGAGUUGGUGGAGGAUACGAUGAAAAAGUCCGAGUUCGGGGUGAUCGGUUACGUGAAACAGAACUCACCCCUGAUGCCACCGUUCCCGGUGCGGCUAACGAAGCCGAUCAAUCGGUUCUACGAGGUGUCCACGCUCCAGCAUUUAUGUCGCUUCAUCAUACGGCAGAAAAUCGAUCCCAAGGACAUAGCUAUGCUCCCGCUGCCGGUCAAGCUGAAGCAAUACGUAGAGGAAAAUUUCUACGAUCUCUAAAAGACCCGGGGCGAGAGGAGUACGCAAAAGAAAUCUCAAAAACGAUCAUUAACUCGUAAGUGAAUAGGAGCAAAGAAACGAAUCCAAUACCCCUUACCCUAGGGCAGGAGAGAAGCAAAACGCACACACUUUUACAACUGAUAAACGCGCUCAUUUUAUCGCAUUUCAUUUUAAAUUUGUAUGUUCCCCUUCUCUCACUCUCUAUCUAUUGUUGCGUUAGCAUUUUUACCACCCCCAAAGCCUUCCCUAAUAAUGAUAUAUAGUCCCUUCCCCCCUUAGAACUAGGCGCAGGCUUUACGAUAUUUUUGACCAAGAUGUCGUCGUAUAUCGGUAAAAAAAAACUCCUCUUUUCUUGUUAACAUUGUAUCACCAAAGAUGAAAAUGGUUGAAAGUAAGGAAAUGAUUUAAUAAGCGAGCAAUGCAACCUAAAAUAAAAUC